AUGAUACCUGAUCUUGAAAACAAGUUGUUAUUGGCAAGGUUUUCAGAAAUACAGGCUUUACAAUCUUCUACGCUUUAG